AAAAAAAAACCCUUCUAGUUCCUGAUCAUUUAACAGGUGUAUAACACAGCCUUUGAGCUUUGGUUAUUUUAUUAGAGGAGGGUAAAGUUGUAUACAGUAAUGUCUGUCUGUUUAGUUGCUUGUUAGAAUCUUUAUUUUCCUGAUUAGACUUUUUUAAAAAUGAUGAGAACUAAAGACAUACAAAUAUGUCUCUCAAAAUGCAUUGUGUCUUCUUAAAUUGGAGGCAGGUGACUUUUUUCAUUGUCAUGUCACAAGUUCUAAUAUUGAGUUUAGAACCACCCUGUUUAAAUAUCUUCUUUGAAUCAAACUGAGGGCCAGACAAAACCACAGACCUAUCCACUUUUCCUCUGGUGUUUUAUCUAGCAUUGACAUCAGAGUAGAGAGCAAAAACGAUUGUUUUAACCACCUGGGGAAGUCACAUAUAAACUGAUGAAAAUUAGAGGGCUAUUGCAAAUAAUAGCGUUUUUUAAAGUAAGCUAAGCUAACUGAUGUGUAUUCCAUAAAGCCUACAUUCGUUUAGUCUGAAAAUGGUUUGAUUAUAGACAUUUUGAAGAUCUAAUCAUAUCUCUUUCCCCCAAAUUUAGUUUGGACACCUUAAUGGAAGAGCCUAAAAUAGUUUUAUAUAUUCAAAAUAUUUGGCUCUUUCCACUUUCUAUAUAAAAUUUUUUCGACAGUACUGAUUACUCAAUUACUUGUACUUUAAUAAAAGUUUCUCCAUAUGUGACUAGCCUGUUGGUGCUGUCUGAUUCGUUCAGGAAUGUAGGCUGCUUUUAUAUUUAUGACCUUAGGGAACUUACUACUUUAUCUUAAGAGUGAGAGUAGUUUUAUAGACGUUGACCUGUGAGGUCUAAGGCCAAAAAGGGAAGAGCUGUUAUGAAAGAAUGUAUAUCUUCAUGCCUAGGUGUUCCUACUUUUUAGAAAUAGGAGAUUGCCAAAGCACAGAAGCCACGAGAGAAAAGCUUGUAAAAUAAUGUACUUUAAUGUUUGACUGACGUAGCAAGUUUUUUCUUUUUCUUUUUUUAAAUUAUCGGUCUGAUUCUUCUCUAUGCUCUGCAGGUGCAUUUUUAGAAAAUAAGCGAUUGCAUAUUAAAGUGCAGUAGCUGAAUGCAAAAGGUUCACUUGUGUGAAAGAUGAGAAUCUUGCUUUCUUAUCCAAAUUAUACUAUAUUUGAAAUAACAAAUCAGUAUUUUUCAUGUGUGCUCACCUUUAAACUGCUUAACGAUGGCAGUUUUUUUUUUUUUGAGUAAACUGAGAAAACUGAAAGAGUGCCAGGUAGCUCUAAAACAGUUGGUAGGCCCAAGAAAACGCGUUGUGGAGAUAAAUUUGGAAACCUCCCCUGGCCUGUGAUUGGGUGAGGUUUUUCUUUUCCGUAUAAACAUACUCUGAAAUGAAAGAAGCUUAAUAAUUGGCAUCUGCAGGCCAAAUUACUGGGAAAACUAUAUGAUCGAGCAAAGCUGUUUUCUGAAGUCAAAGUAGUAUUUCAACGUUGCAUACUUUCCUCAGAGUAAGCGAAGUUUUUAGGGAUUAUUAUUGACUACAAGUCUAUGGUUUACUGGGUUCUUGGAAACUAUAUUUAUAAAUUAAAGCAUAGAUUAUGCUUCUAGUCUUUAUUGGGAUUCUAGUCUAUUGCUUAUUCAUAUCUUGCAGGUCAUUAAAAUUCUAAUUUUUGGUUGUUUUCUCAUCCCAGAUUAUCACCAUGAGGUAUAUACGAUCUCAGAAUUCAGCAGUGAUGUUAAUGGGGAGGCCAAAGAGACACAACCCAUUUUUUUAGUUGUUUUCUUGAUGACAGCCACUCCCACUAAGGCCCAAAGAAUCUCCUCAAACAAGACACACUGGGAAAAUCCUACACACUUUACAAGUUUAAAUUUUGAGCAUUUAACCGAGUUGCUGCGUGAGACUAUCUAUAUGUACCCUGGCAUAAGACUUUUAAUAUCAAGGUUAGAGAAAAAAUCCGCUUCUCUUAAUCUCUGUGAAGGUACUGGCUGAUCCACAAUUUAAGGAGAUAGUAUGUUUUAAAAUAGCUCCUAAUAGAUGGUGGCAUCCUCUAAUGUUAUUAUUUAUGGAAAAUAGUUUACAUCUUUACGGUUUUGUUGUUAUCUUUAAAUAAAAUUUAUUUGCCCCCAGGGCGGUACAGAGAUAACCUUAGUUUUUAGGGGAAAAAUCCAGAGGCAAAAAGAAUCCAAAAAAAAAAAGAACUAUCGUGGGUGCAGUGGAGUUUAGAAACAAUUUGUUAUCUUUGGCACGUAGUUAUGAACAGGGCUAGGAGGAGGGCAGAGGGCAGGACUGCACUUCCGCCCUUCCAGGGCUUGCUUGCUAAGCCCCUUACUUGGAGUGGGGCAGGGACCACUUGGACAUCACUGGGCUGAGGUACAGUUCCAGCAGAGUUGGAAGUCUCCUCUGUGAAUCAGGGCGCACUGGAAAGCCAAAACCCCACAUCCGCUGUAACUCAGUCUAUCUGUCUGCCUCCUAUUUUAUCUCUGAAGGUGAUGUCUCCACCAACAUUGUGUCAUUCUGGAGUAUAUCCUCUGUUAGUAGUGCUGCUGCUGUGCCAUACAUCACAUUCUCAAAAGGCCGUACAUCCUAACACUGUAUUCUCUUCCUCGGAACACUCGGUGAAGGGGAUGCGUGUUUGCACCUGAGUGUUGAGGCUAACAGGCAGGUGGAGUAGUGUCAGUGCCCUGCCCUGUCUGGAGUUCUUUUACAAGUGAAUGACUGAGACCCAUUGAAGCAGAGGAUUUCUGCCUUAUAGUCCCAGCUUGAUUUUCUGUCUCAGUUUAUUUUCUUAUGCCACCCUGACUCAGAAAAUGCUUCUAAAGAGGGAAUUUAAAAGUCUGUCCCAGAUGAAACACUUUCAGAAAACCUCUUUAUUAUAAGAAUACUCAGCCAGAAAGGAUUAAAAUGAGAUGCAGCAGGAUUUCUUCCCACCGUGGCCAACUUUCCUGCUUUUAUUGUUUAUGAAUUACUUAAGUUUCUGGAAGCUUCCACUUGGAAUCAGUUAUCUUUCCCCAUUCCCAAAGAAGUGAGGGUUUUUUUUUGGUAGUGGAUUAUUUUUUCUUUCUUUUGCUAACUUUGGCUCUUGUUUUCAUUAGGAGAUGAAAGCAUGGAAAUUAAAAAACAAAUUACAGGAAUGAGAAGAUUACUGAAUGACAGUACUGGGAGGAUAUAUCAGCGUGUUGGCAAGGAAGGAGAAAAAUUAAAAGAAGAGCCCCAGGAUUCGGAUUUAAUCUGGCCUCAGCGCUUGAACUCCUCUGCUGAGGCCCCGCAGAGCCUCCGCCCUUCUUCAGGUGGUACGUGGAAUGAAUUACCAUCCCAAAGCAGGCAGUUCUCGGGACAGUAUGGCACCCGCUCUAGAACCUUCCAGAGUCAGUCCCACACCGCUGGAAGCUCCAAUGGAGAACUUCCAGUGGUGAAUUCAUCAGGUGAAUCAAACUGCUGUACUUGUAACUGCCAGUCAACGUUGCAGGCCAUUCUCCAAGAACUCAAAACCAUGAGGAAAUUAAUGCAAAUUCAAGCAGUUGGAACUCAAAACAGACAACAACCCCCAAUUUCCCUUAUAUGCUCCCAGCGAACUGCUGUCUCACGCAAGAGAAAUAAAAAGAAAAAAGUUCCCCCAAAGACUGUUGAACCUCUUACUGUGAAACAGAAGCCCAGUGUGUUAGAAACUGAAAAGAAGACAACAGUGGCCUCUGAGCAGUCUGAUCUCCAAGCAGCCGAGCACAUCUCCACUGAGGAGAACCACGUUUUAGGAUUUGGCAUUGUUCUUGAAUCACCUUCCUCAGAUCCAGAAGUGCAACUUGCUGAAGGCUUUGAUGUGUUUAUGCCUAAAUCUCAGCUGGACUCUAUAUUGUCAAACUACACUCGCUCAGGAAGCCUUCUGUUUAGAAAACUGGUGUGUGCAUUUUUUGAUGACAAGACUUUGGCUAACUCCUUACCCAAUGGGAAGAGGAAAAGAGGACUCAAUGACAACCGGAAAGGACUAGACCAAAAUAUUGUGGGUGCAAUAAAAGUCUUCACAGAAAAAUACUGCACUGCUAACCAUGUGGAUAAACUUCCUGGCCCAAGAGACUGGGUACAGAUUCUACAGGAUCAAAUUAAACUGGCCAGAAGAAGGUUAAAAAGAGGUUCAGGUAUGAAUUGGCUAUAAGAAAGUAAUUGCAGAAGCACAUUACUGAACACUUAGACUUUGGAAAGUAUGAUACUCUGCUCUAGGGUAUUUCAGUGUCUUUUGUCUUUUAACGGAGAAGCUCUACAUAAUGUGCUAUGGUUUGAUGUUUUAAAGUCUUAGUCAAAUGAAUUUUGAAAUUCUCCUUAAGAUUAACCAGUAAAAAUGAUAUCAGACUGUUUGCUUUUAACAGUACAAACAAAAGUGAUUGCUAAUCUCAUUUGUGGUUUUAUGUGUCUCAUGCAUGAAACUAGGUCUUUCUUUUACAGUUUGCUCCUAUUCACCUGUUAAUUUUUGUUUAUUUGGAUCUGCAUGACUUCAUAAAAGUACUAGUUGCUUAAGGUAAAAACAAUAAUCAUCAGCUAGAAACACCACAUGAAACAAAAGGAGGUUUUAAGUCAAAUAUAUGUAUAUUUUUAAAUUUGGGAUUGUAGUUUCUAGAAUUAUUCUUCCAGGAAAAAUGAACAUCAAGCAAUUCAGCACCAGUUGAAUUGUAACUAUUAGAUUUGGUGAUUUGAAGUCACAGUCCCCAGAAAGGGACAGUGGGCAAAUUUACCAGUAAACAGUUCUUUUGAGGUCAGUGUUCUCCCAUCAUAUAAGAAUAAUCCUCUCCAGGAGACCACAAACUUCUUAAUAUUGUUUAAAAUAAAAAUCCAAAUCAACCACAAGGACACCUAGUCUGAUAAAAGCCUUCUGUGCUUUGAGCGUGAGAAGCAAUUUGGGAGAUGUACUUUAGAUGCUGAAAUGUUAACAGUUUUAGAAUGUUAUGGAGGUUUAUCAGAACAGUGGUUCAAAACGCAUGAGACUGUGUCUCUAAAAAGAUCCUUUUUAUAUGAAAUCUCACAAUGUGUAGUAUGUAUUCUUUGGUCAUGCCCAUGGAGGAGUAAAACUAACGGAUCCUGGGAACUCUGUUCAGAGGGCCCCUUCUGGCACAUGCUGGCAAUGUCUUUGACUAGACAAGAUAUGCAGGAACCAAAGGGCAAAGUGGUUUUUCAGUGUGAAGACGUUGCAACUCUUUAUUAUAAAAGGAUCCCUGGUGGUGCAGUGGUUAAGAGCUCGGCUGCAAACCAAAAGGUCCACAGUUCGAAUCUACGAGCCACUCCUUGGAGACCCUUUGGAGCAGUUCUACUGUGUCCUGUGUGAUUGCUUUGAGUCAGAAUAGACUUGACAGCAACAGGUUUGUUUUGUUUUAUUUUGUUUUGUUUUAUUAGGGUUCUAAAAUAUUCAUCCCUAGAUGAUUUCUUUAAAUUUGCUUAAAGAUAUUCCCUCCCCUUCCUCUACUUUUGUUUUUAAUUUUAUACUUAAUUGAUACUCUUUUUAUAAAAAAGCAAUAGAUUAUUAAUAUCUUUAAUUGGCAAAAAAAUGCUUUCUUGCAUUAGGUAAUAUGACAUAGUAGAGUCAGAAGACCUAGUUUUGAAGUCUCACCUCUGCUUUUCGCCCACUCCAGACCUGGGACAAAUCACCCAAUCUCUCUGAUCCUCAGUUUCCUUACCAUUAAGUGCAUGUUAAACUAAAACCAGCCUCAGAGUUGUUGUGGGGAUCAAGGGAUAUGUUGUACAUGAGUGUACUUUAUAAAUGAAACUAAAUACAUGGGCAGCCAUGUUUGAGAGCUAUGGAGAUCAUUGAGGUAAACGUGCUACGUUUGUACCUCUCUUAUAUCCUGAGUCAGGGGACCAAAUGUCCUGGUUUGCCUGGCAAUCCUGCUUCACUUUUAUUGUCC